AUGUCUUCACUGUUCCACCACCCGUUCGGCAUUUCAUGGAGGAAAGCUCUCGUCUCGCUCCCACGAUUGGUUCCCGACGCUGUCUUACAUUUCACUUCUCCCGAAGGACCCCAGCCGAUAGUAUUCGACGUCCCCUCCCGCGAGGCACACUUGAUCCCAGUAUAUGUCUUCAUCCCGCCCAGAAACAACCAACACCACCACUUGGUCUCGCCCGGCGCGCAUCUAAAGCAAGCUUUGUCAGACUCACAAAAGGACCCCCAUGAGAAGCUUCCUGUCCUGAUAGACUUCCACGGUGGGAGUUUCAUUCUCGGCAGCUGCCAGGAACAAUCGCCGUUCUGCGCACAGAUGUGUCGUGAGCUGAACUGUGUGGUCAUUUCUGUGGAUUACAGACUCGGCCCUUAUGCCACAUACCCCGCUGCGAACCUCGACGCAGAAGACGUGGUACUCGCAGUCAUCGAUCGCGAGAAGCAGAGCUACCGCACUUUGCGGGAAUCCAUCAACCGGCAUCUUGACAAGGAAGCACGUAGGAGAAUUGAGCUGGAUGAGGAUCGCAUCGCCUUCUCCGGCUUUAGCUCCGGUGGGAACCUGGCUUUGAAUCUCGCCUUGAGCGUCAAGAACGAUCCAACCAUCCAUCGCGACUGGUUGAGCCCGGUCCCGUGGAGCCACAAGAGCGAAAUCCCUGUUUUGCUCUUCUACCCGAGUCUCGACUGCCGGCUCCUACCCCACGAGCGUCCGAGACCCGAAGGUCUCGAUCCACCCAGCGGCUUUGUCGAGCGCUGGCGCCUUGAGGCUGAGUUGAUGCCCACCUACCUCCCUGUCGCCAAUCGGCCACAUCCUAGAGCAAGCCCCGGCCUGGCAGACAUCAAGGCACCAUCCUCCGCUGAUGGAAAGCAAACCGAACAAUACGGCCUCCACCCGCAAGCGAAACUCUUCCUCGUCCUCCCCCAAUUCGACUCUCUCAAUGGUCAGAGUCUCGACUGGAUCGAGAAGGUGCGCGCCGAGGGCCGCGGCAGCGACCUGAUCGUCGAGGAUGUCAAGGGCGUCACACACGGCUGGACGCAAUUCCCGGACGGCUUCAUAUCGGACGAGCACAGAAAACUCAAGGUCGAGGUCUUCCGGAAGGCUCGCGUUUUCCUUGGCGUCUGGUGGGAUGUCACGGGUAUGAAGAGUGGGCAUGCAGAUCUGAAGGAGGUGAAGGUAGAGGUGCUGGGCGAUGAUAAGCCAGGAUCCGGGGAUAAGGCGCCUGGGAAAGGUGUCGAUGUCAUGAUUGAGAGGGAGAGAUAUCCGAAGGCCGAGUAG